AUGUCGGGGGCUGAAGAACAAACAGAGAAAAUCAGCACAGUACAGUUACAAAGUCCUCAGCCCGCUAAUUCCUGUCCCGGGGCUGCGUCCGACACGCCGGCUAGCGAGCCGUCCCUGCCACCCUCUUUCUUCGUCAGCUCCUCUUUGCUCCCUGAGUUUGCCUGGAGCGUGAAAGGCGAAGGCCCGGGGACGCCCCAAACCCCUUCUGCCACUACCACCUUGGGCCUCACCAUCUCCUCCCUCUGCUCCCGCCUCUUCGGCAAGAAACAGAUGCGCAUUUUGAUGGUUGGAUUGGAUGCUGCUGGCAAGAUGACCAUUCUGUAUAAACUGAAGUUAGGGGAGAUAGUCACCACCAUUCCUACCAUUGGUUUUAAUGUGGAAACAGUAGAAUAUAAGAACAUUUGUUUCACGGUAUGGGAUGUUGGUGGUCAAGAUCAAAUUAGGCCUCUCUGGAGGCAUUACUUCCAAAAUACCCAGGGUCUUAUUUUUGUGGUAGAUAGCAAUGAUCGUGAAAGAAUUCAGGAAGGAGCAGACGAGCUGCAGAAAAUGCUUCAGGAAGAUGAGUUGCAAGAUGCAGUGUUGCUGCUUUUUGCAAACAAACAGGAUCUGCCGAAUGCUAUGGCCAUGAGUGAAAUGACAGAUAAAUUAGGUCUUCCGUCUCUUCAUAACAGAACAUGGUAUGUUCAAGCCACUUGUGCUACACAAGGAACCGGUCUGUAUGAGGGACUUGACUGGCUGUCAAGUGAGCUUUCAAAACGUUAAAUGAAACUGGAUAUCUAACCAAGGACAUGUUUGCUAGAAUUGGUCUAGGCUUGUUACAACAAAAUUAGUUUGCAUCUUGGUUAUUAAACAGUAUCUGGGACUGAUUUGGGCAGAAUUUUAC